CAAGUUUCGUCAAUCCCGUCCAUCGCCAGCCAGGAGACUCAACUGCUCUGCUUCUGGAGCAGGUUACAGCGAAGUGCCUUCCCUAAUCGCAACAUACGACCACCUAUCUAUCCAGCGAUUCCAAACUGCGCCCCGAAGCUGCAGGCAAACGACAGUUUCUCAGGCCACCCACCACGAACGAUAUUCCCGCGCAGAGCUACAUCCCAGUCUCGGGCCAACAUCUCAGCCCACAACAAACAAGACAACAAAGCCCGUCAUACGGCACCGACCCAGCCUACACAACCAGCCCGCAUGUCGACCAGCAAAAACGGCUCCGCCUACGGGCAGGCCGCGGGCGACACGUCGUUCCGGCGGACGCGCGACGCGGGCGAGUACGCCGAGAAGGCGACCAAGCGCGAGGCGGACGAGGCGGCGGAGCGGAAAGCGCGGUACGAGGCCAAGAUGGCGGGCAAGAAGUACCACAAGCCCCUGACGGGCGACGAGGAGUACACGUCGGCGCGGUCCGACGUCAUGGACUUCAGCGCGCAGGUCGGGCGCACGCAGCUCGUGGCGGCGGGCGCGGGCCAGGGCAAGCGCGGGCGCGGCGCGGGCUUCUACUGCGAGGCGUGCGACCUGACCUUCAAGGACAACAUCCAGAUGCUCGAGCACAUCAACACGCCGCAGCACCAGAUCGCCACGGGCCGCAAGAUGGAGGUGCAGGCGGCCUCGGCCGAGGACGUGCACGCGCGCAUCGAGGCGCUGUGGCGCCGCCAGGAGGAGAGGCGGAAGCAGCAGGUCUACAAACUUGACGAGCGGCUCGAGGUACGCAAGGAGGAGGAGGAGCGCGAGCGGGAGGAGAAGAGGAGGAAGCGCAGGGAGCUGGCGGACCGCAAGAAAGCCGAGAAGGAGGCGGCCGCGCAAGUCAAGCCCGAGUACGGCGAAGACGUAAGGAUCGAGGGAGAACACGAGGAGGACGACAUGAUGGCCAUGAUGGGCAUAUCUGGAUUUGGUUCGUCAAAGGCAAAAUGAUGUUUGGUUUUGGUGUUUAAGCGGUGUUUGAUCGAUUUGGCGACUUUGUGAUACCCCAGUUGGCCAGAGACAGAGCAUAAAGCUUGUUUGUCUGAUCUGGUAAAUCUGGCAAAAUGACGCGGAUGUGGCGAGUCUGUUCUUCCAUCAAAUUUGUAUACUGCAGUCGAGGCAACAUCACAAUACUCCCUGCGCAUGAGGUGUCAAAGGACCAGGCAUUGGGAUUGGUGCACUGCAUGUGCGGCCCAGAGAGCAGGUGUGCUGCUUACAAGUUGUAGCUGCUCAACUCAGGAAGCCAUUUCCAUUGUGAUUCCUCGACCAGACGGGUGGGCGGGCCGAUAGGGUAUCCAAGACUAACAAUAAACAGCAUCUGUAGAAACAAAGCUAUUGUUUUCUCCUGCGGACUCAACUGUCAUCGUGUGGUCAUCCCAAU